CUUUUUCUGACCUACCAGCAACUUUCAGACUCGAUCCUCUGAUCUCGACUUUGCUCGUUCUCGAUCCACGACUUCUCUCGCUCCCCUCGACGCCUGCACACGUUGACUAUUUGAAUUCUUUUGACGGUAGCUGCUAAUCUCAGCUGCGUCCACCCGGCUCACUGAAUCACUACCCGUCCUGUCUUCAGGAUCUCGUGUCGUUCUCGACAUCCACCGAAUUUAAUCCUUCCUUCCCUAGGCUCGUUAGCCACCACAACAAUCUCGCGACUCUGUGUCCCUCCAUCGGUUCUAUUACCUUCCUGGACAGGUGACAUCGUCUGCGAGUAGAUAAACCCAUAAUGCCUUCGCCGCUUCCCUCGAGUUUUGCUUCUGCCGCAGCAGGCAAUAUCCCAGACUCCGGUAGGAGAGGGGAUGGCAGUGGAGAAUGGUCUCGACCGCGAAUGAACGGAGCAACACAGACCUUCCGCCGCCCGUCGGUUGCUACGAACCCUUCUCAUAAUCGAGAGAGCGGACAGUCGACAUCAGCUGCGACAACUCCGACAGUGGGGACAUAUGUUCCUCCUCACCUGAACUCGAAUUCUCAGUCUAGCGGCCUGCGGAAUGGCACACCUGGCGAAAGCCGUUAUUCAAAGGACCAGCUUUUAAACCUUUAUAAGAGCCAGCGGGAGACGGGGAAUCUGGGCAAGAAUGUGUCGGAUUAUUUUGUGGCAGACUGGAACCCACACCAGGAGACUCCAUCGGCGAAUGGUGCUUGGGGAAAGCGGGAUGACCAUAAGGAUACGCCGUCUGGUCCUGAGAUAUGCUGGGACCAUGGCGGCCAUGUUGAGCCCUUGGGAUUGGUGGAUCUGACUGAUGAUGAAAAAGAGCUUUUUUCGACUACCGUCAACUCUCCUCUGAAGCCCCCGCCAUCGAGUGCCUCUAAGGAUAACGCCGGUGUGGUAGGCGGACGCAAGACUUCCGUCUCUAAUCCGCAGAGCCACAUCAACACGUUUAAUACGUCCUCUCCUAGCGCUGGUCGUCCCGGGACCAGACGUCGCGAGACAGGUGAUUCCAUAGGGAACCCGAUAUCACCGACUGCCGGUUCUCGCUUCUUCCGCGACGAGCCCAAUACGUCUACUCCUCCGCCUGCUCUGCUCCGACGGAAGACAGAUUUCCGCGACUCAGUCUCUAAUAGCAAGUUGGAGGAGAAAGAAAAGGAGAAUGCAGCUCGAGACGGGGCCGCGGACCUGGCAUCUCCCUUUGGUUCUCUGAAACGUAGCGCUACCAAUCCCUUAAGUGCUGGGCUUCCAACUUCCCCUUGGCCGUCGUCUGCCUCGCAGAAUGCCAGCUUCUCACCAAUGGGAGCUUUCGGCGCUUUCUCCCUGGGAUCCGCUGGUGGCCAAGAGAGAAGACCUGGCCUUGGGAGUCUUCGUGGAGAAAGCAGGUUUAAGGGUCUGUUAUCCAAGGACAGUUCUGAGGACAUCGGGGCCUCUGUGAAGGAGAAUACUUCAUUGAGUGGCUUGGAAAGACUGCCAGAAAACGAGAGUGACGAACGAUCCCAAUCGACUUGGGGCGAAGCCCCGAAGACACGUGCCACCCGCAGUGAUACGAACCCGUUCGGUAGCGAUGAACCUCGCAGUGGAAGUGCCGCCCUUGGAGGCUCUCGGGAGGUUAGCACUCCGUCGCAAGGUAUCGACCAGCUUGGAUUUGGGGCCUUUGGAAUGACGUCUAGUGUUCCUGGAUUCCGCGAAUUGAUGCAGAGUCAUGCCAACUCCCCUAGCCAAGCCUCCAGUCAUCUCCCUGGCCAGGAGCCCACAAGCCCUACAAAUACGAACCCUUAUCAAAGCCCUCACGGCGACAAGUCGACUGACGCCGAAGAUGUCGACACGGAUGGCUCAGACGUCCAGAACACUCAUCUUCCAGGCUUGAGCAGUCUUCGCGAUGAAGCAGGGCCGUUUGCUUCCAUUCGUAGGGUUGGGUCGGGUAUGGGAGAUGUGUCCGUCGGAGACCGCAGCCAGACAUCGAGCGCUGGGCCUACUCGCAGUUUCUCCGGUCUGGGAGGUCUUGGUGGUCUUUCCGGUCUCGGGGGCGCUGGUGGAUGGCCGCCUAGUGCCGGUGUUGGCACUCCUACUAGGGAGAGAUCGGCCUUCACUGGUUUUGGCGACCCGAUCUUUGGCUCUAUGGCUGAUCUUCAGUCUCCUAGUCUGUCUACUCUGGGCGGAGGAGGCUUUUUUGGUUCUCAUGGAGCACUCGGCACUUCAGGUAGUAUUGGCAGAGCUAGUAAAUUGGGUUCCUUGUUUCCUCCUGCAAUGCAGGAGCAGAUGCAGGGCGAUCUGUCUAGACAGGAUUCGGCAGGAUUGGAGGGUCUGAAUAGGCAAACAGAUCCUUUAUCUGCAGAGAAGCAAAGUACACCCGCCACCACUGCUUCUCAGGCCCCUGCGGGAUCUACGCCUGGCAUGGCGUCUUCCCAUGAUGGAUCUCAAUCAGGUCAAAACAUCGGUCAGCCCGGUUCAGCCUCUGGGCUUGGCUCUGUCCCGACCGCUCAGCAGCGCACCAUGGUAAUGCCCGAUCGCAUGCGGUGGAUCUAUCGGGAUCCGCAGGGAAACAUCCAGGGUCCGUGGUCGGGUCUUGAGAUGCACGACUGGUUCAAGGCUGGUUUCUUCACGGCGGAGUUGCAGGUCAAGAAACUCGAGGAUACGGAAUUCGAACCAUUGGCGCAGCUGGUUCGACGUAUCGGCAACUCUCGUGAGCCAUUCCUGGUGCCGCAGAUUGGAAUUCCUCAUGGUCCUGAUCCUACCCCUAGCCCAUGGGGUACGGGACCAGCGACACAGCCCGGAGCUGCUCAACCACCGUUCGCAAACAGUUUCCCCAGUUUCGGUACUACUUUGACCGCUGAGCAGCAGAACGCCUUGGAGAGGAGGAAGCAAGAGGAGCAGUAUUUGAUGGCCAGGCAAAAGGAGCAUUUGGCACAGCAACAGCAGCUGAUGAAGCAGAUGCAUCUUCAGCCUGGACCUCAUACCAUCCACCCGCAGCUGCAGCAUCAUUCGAGUGCGCACAGCCUACACAGUCAGCCCAGCUACGGAAGCAUUACUUCUCCUGGAGGCUAUCAACCAUCGCCGCUCCAAGGUCCGAUUCAACCGCCCCAGGCUGUUCCGGGCUUCUUCGAUGCAGCAAUUAGACAGAAUCCGGUGCCCAGCAUGGGUCCGCAAUUGCUAGGAAGCGACCCUAUGAACUCUAGGGACGAUCUUCCUGCCCUCCUCGAGCGUCUCAACGUCGGACGGCCGGGUCCCUUCCAAUUCAAUAACGCACCUUCAGCGUUUGGCCCUCGCCAGCCGGAUGAUUUCCUACAUUCCCAACAGGUUGCCUCGAUGCUUCAGGACCGUGCUCGCUUGCAGCAAGAACAAGAGCAAUUCGAUCGCCAGCAGGCCGAGAAUAUCUUUGACCAGCAGGCCCGUGAUGAGCGACUGCGACAAUUCCAUGCUAUGCGCUCGCAAGAAGAUGAACUUGGCAUGAGGAUCGGAGAUGGUCUCCCCACUCACCCGCCCUCUGUAGCCCCUCAGGAGGCUAGCACCGACCAGCAAAAGAAUGCUCCUGAGGAAUCUUUCUCUGCCGCCGCGGCGGACGAGCAGUCUGUUCAAGCUCCAAGCGAACCACUCUCCCUCUCCCAGCAGGUGCAGAAGGCUGCCUCCGCCCAGAGACAGCAGCAGCAGCAAGAACGACAACAGCAGCAGCAGCAGCAGCAGCAGCACCAAAAGCAGUCUCACGGUGAUUCGGCAUGGACCUCUAAGGCGGACAAUGGAAUGCCUCAGCCUUUCCCACCCCCUCCUUCCGCAUCACCACUCCCUGCUCCCGCCGCGCAGCGUAACCGUCAGAAUGUCGCGGAGUCACUCGCGGCAACUUCCAGGUCGCAGAACCAGACACCUAUUGAGACGCCAACGACUUCGAUUGCGCCAUGGGCCAAGGAACCGAUCGAGCCUCCUAAGGGCCCAUCGCUGAAGGAGAUCCAGGAAGCGGAGGAGCGUAGCGCCGCUCAGCGGGAGGAGCAGGCUGCUGCUGCCCGUCGUGCUCAGAUGCUUGCUGAACAAGAGCGUCUCAGCCAGCAGACCCAGGCGGACACCCCUGGCCUCCCAUCAACCGCCAACUGGGCCAGUGCAGGAUCUCCUGCUACUCCGGGAUCGACUGGCUCCGUGUGGAACAAGAAUGCUGCCAGCAAGACCCAGACUGCGCCCGCUAAUGCUCCAGUCAAGAAGACUCUUGCUCAGAUCCAGAAGGAAGAAGAAGCUCGUAAGCAGCGUCUGGCAGCGGCUAAUGCUGCACAAGCUGCCGCAGCCGCCGCAACUACUCCUACUGUUUCUUCCACCGGUAAACGCUACGCUGAUCUUGCCAGCAAGCCUGCUAGUGCAACGCCGCCUCCCUCGACCGGUGCCUGGACCACUGUGGGCGCUGGCGGAAAAGCCAAGGCGCCUCCUGCGGCUCCUCUCGGACCCCGUUCGGCCAGCGGUACUGUGCCAGUUGCACCCGCUGCUAAGCCCAGACCUGCCGCUGCUCCUCGUACCGUGACAGUUAGCACUACACCUGCGUCGAACCCAAACCGUGCUACUGAAGAACUGGCGAAGUGGGCAAAUCUGUCUCUUAGCAAGGGACUUAACAGCAGCAUCAAUGUCGAUGACUUUGUCCAACAGCUACUUCUGCUGCCGGCGGAAGCUGAGAUUAUUUCCGACUCUAUCUACGCCAACUCGCAGACCCUGGAUGGACGCCGCUUCGCGGAAGAGUUCAUUCGCCGCCGCAAAUUGGCCGACAAGGGCAUUGUCGAUCCCGUUUCCACUAGUGCCUUUGCUGACAAGGGCUCCUCGGGUGGCUGGAGUGAAGUUGCGAAGAAGGGUUCCUCCAACGCGCACCGUGAGGAGGAUAAUGGUAAUGCUGCUUUCAAGGUCGUUGCCGCCAAGAAGAAGGGCAAGAGGUGAAGGAUUGCAGGUGAAGUUGUUCACUUUGGAUAGUGGUGUUCUACUGCUUGAUAUGGGUACAUGGUCUGAUGGAGGAGCUGUUCGAUGAGUGACAGACCAUCUCUGCAUAUGAUAUCGUUCUGGCCCAAUGUUGCAGUAACACCACGCCUGUUGGCUCUACCACUUUUAGCAUAGUAGCAUUGUGAUAACUUAUCGUGUUUUUGAUACUGCGACGAAUACAAACGACUUGAUUGAUA